UCCUGUGGACUGGACGCAGGAGCUUUUUUUAUUAUUUAUUAUUGUAUCCGACGCAGCCUCAGAGCAACUUGCCAUGAGCAUAACGCGGCUGGAGACCUAAGCAGUCGGGUCUGGAAGAGGGGAAGAUGCCUCAUGGACCGCUCCAUCACCGCCAGUGCGCCAGUUCAGGGCAUCCCAAACGCCGAAUAACAAAGAAAUGCCGAGGUUUAGCGUCAGAGGGAUGGUUGCGGUGGUGCUGAUCCUCCUGGUCGGCGGUGCUUUCUUUUACUGCGAGUACCUCAUCUACUACCCGACCAUCCUCAAGUGCGCCUGGCCGAAGAUCAGCCAUGCACGGGGGGGAGAGGGCAUCGACGGCCGUCCGAUGGACUCAGCGGUCCGCGCUAUGGUGCUGUCGGACACGCACCUGCUCGGAGCCGUUGGAGGACACUGGUUUGACAAGCUGAGGAGGGAAUGGCAGAUGGAGAGGGCUUUCCAGACCGCUCUGUGGCUGCUCAGGCCCGAAAUAGUGUUUAUUCUCGGGGAUAUCUUCGACGAAGGCAAGUGGAGCUCGCCGAAGCACUGGGAGGACGACGUGCGCCGCUUCCACAGGAUGUUCAGACAUUCCACUGACACCGAACUGGUUGUACUGGUCGGCAACCACGACAUCGGUUUCCAUUACGAGAUGGACUGGUUCAAGCUGCAGCGCUUCGAGAAGGUCUUCAACGCUUCCUCCACCAGGAUCGUCACCAAAAAGGGGGUCAAUUUUCUGCUGGUGAACAGCGUGGCCCUGCACGGCGACGGCUGUCCCAUCUGCCAGUCGGUGGAGAAGGAGCUGAUCAAACUCUCCAGAGACAUCAACUGUUCUCUUCAGAGUUCACAGUCGGGCAGCGGAGUGACGGACAGCUGUGAGGGCUCGCAGCUCUACCCCCCCACACCCCCCAUCAUGUUACAGCACUACCCUCUGUUCAGGGUGAGCGAUGCCGGCUGCACAGGACUGGAUGCUGCGCCGCCUGAAGAGCGACACCUGCUGUUCAGAGAGAAGUACGACGUGUUGUCGAAGGAGGCCUCACAGAGGCUGCUGCAGUGGUUUAAACCCCGCCUCAUUCUGAGUGGACACACCCACAGCGGAUGUGAGGUUCUCCAUGAUAACAAGUACCCGGAGAUCAGCGUGCCAUCCUUCAGCUGGAGGAACAGAAACAACCCCAGCUUCAUCCUGGCGUCUGUGUCACCCGGCAGCCAUGCUCUGUCCAAGUGCUUCCUGCCGGAGGAGAGCACAGUGAUCGGCGUCUACUGCUCGGCCGGCGCCUGCAUGCUGCUGCUGUUCCUCGCUCACUGUCUGUGGAUGAAAGGCCUGCUGCAGUGUCUCAGCCUCUGCCUGCUGGGGAAGCACAAGUCUCUGUGAACUACGAUACCCAGAGUGCACCAGGACGGAGCCAUGAGAGUAGAGUCCAUUGGACUUGGUAAAUGCUAGAUGUGAGGGUUUUAUGAUGUUCUCUCUCUCUCUCUCUCUCUCUUCAGAACGGGGCGAGAAAUCUGUUCGUACAACCUCGAUUUGUUUUGUCCAAAUGUUCUUACGGCACUGUGAAGGAGUGUAUGUUUUAAAUGUCUCAAAGGGACGAUCACUUCAGAUAUUGAUGAUGUGAUUAUAACCUGUGAUGACAAAGCAGAUCAGGGGCCAAAUUGUUGUGACAGAUCAUCACUGCUGUUUGUUUUACCUUCCAUGGGAGUGCUAGACCGAUGGAUUUCACGAAAAAUGGAAACUUUUCAAUCACAGAAAAGUAACAGACACUGACUUUACAACAGUUUACCUGUGACUGGCUGAAGUAUUCGAAAAUACACACACACGUUAUUGAUUAAGACAAUUUAAAUAAGUACAUAUGUAAAUACUAACUGUCUCUGGUCUGAUUUAAGGUGGUAAAGUCAGAUUUAUGUCUCUUCACUCUGAUGUUAACUGUGAACUGAUGUAAACACACCGAUCAUCUCACACCCUGAACACUGGUCGUUUCUGUUGUUGUUGAUGUCUGAUAAUUCAUCCGGGUUCCUCGCUGUUUUUACGAUGCAUAUGUGAAUAUAUUUAUUGCUGACUUUCUGUGCCAAAUGUUUGUGAGGGGCUUUGCCAAGUUGUUGAAACAUUUCUGAUGAACUGUAAAUAGUAAAUAAGAGUCUAAAACUCUGUUUUUACAGAGUUGUGGUUUAAACUAGAGUUGGAUAAUCAAUAUUAGAGGUACGAUCAAUCACCUGAAGCUAUGUCACUUGAUUGAUAAUAAUAUUAAAUAUCAUGGGAUAUUCUCUACACUGGCGACUUUUCUAAUCCAGCAAUUGGCAUCAGAGAUGGUCACAACGUUAUGAUUUAAGAAAUUAAUGAGAUUGAAACACAAAUGAGUGUUUUUUUGCAAAACAAAAUCAUGUCAAAUAAAAAAAGUUGUAAAAGAAUGACUCAAUA